CCAGUGUUCUUUUAACGCUUGUUGAGGUAGGAAGGCAAAAUUGCCGCACGCUUAUCAAUGGCAGGGAAUAUUGGCAGCAUGGACGAUAAGUUGGAAAAGUACUGGAGACGCCUAUUUUAUAUGAAGUCAGUGGCAGAACCCACUCCUUUGGAUCCUGAUACGAUAGAAUAUUUCGGAAUAUUUAGUAUUGACGAGCCAAAUGUAGCCACCCAAAAACGGUGGUACAUUUAUUAUGGCCUUAGAUCAGAAAGGUCAAAGGUUCUGGAAAGGAUUCGCCAGAAAUAUGGCAAUAGGAAUGUCAGAGAAAUAUUUCAGAUCGCCACAUUCAGCGGAGUGGGAUUUCAUAAAAUCGUCAGAGAAUAUUUCUCCAACUUAAAAUGGUUCACAAGCAGAAAUCUAUUGGAAGCUCCUCUAAAUAGUUAUUAUAAUGAUGAAAGACUCGUGAAAACAGUUUCAGACUUGCAUAACAAGGAGCAAAAAAGAAUCUUCGACUAUAUAAUGAUACAACACGACUGGUUUCGACGGUAUAAUGAUCAAAAACCACCACCUGCUAAACAUUAAACUAACUAAAAACAUCGACUAACAGUUACCCGUUACUCAAUGAGAAUUCGACAACAAUAAUUGAAUGGACUAAUCUUUUGACUAAAAGCGAUAUGUGUAUAUGUAUAUAAGGGGUAUUUGUUAUACAUAUUACAACCUAUUGGUCAAGUUAAAUGAUUUAUAAAAAUAUGUCGAAUAAAAUAUGUACACACACAA